AUGCAAAACAACAUAUCCACGCUACGAGGUAGUUCAUUGGAUUCUCUUGAUAGUGUUACAAUGACUCCUUCAAGUGGAGAGGACCUCUCCACCUCCAAAAACAACCAAGCCGUUACCGUUUCCACAGCGGGUGUUCGAGCUCUCAUCUAUCAGCUCCAAGCGCUUUAUAUGAGAACACCUGUUAAGUUGUUCCGGCCCUCGCGUUUCGACUACUUGGCGCACAUCCGUACGCUUGCACACGUCAACGAAGGUAUAAACUUGAAACCCUGGCGCUUCACCACUCACUCAUCACUUGCACUUCUAGUAAAGGCCGUGAACAAACAAGGUUGGCGUCUUAUUCCUGAACAGGUGCUACCGCCGCUUCUCGCCAAUUCUGCUACUGGUCUUAUUCUCUAUGGAACUUACUUGUCAAGCUUGGACCACUUCGAUGGUGGUAAAAGCAGUCGCUCAACUUCUAGUUGGGGUCCACUCCAGUAUUCUCCAAUUGAUACUUGGAGAGCUGGGUUUGUGGCUGGUAUAGCUCAGUCACUAGCCGCCGCUCCGGUGGAUGCGAUCUAUGCCCGGUCUUCGACUGCAGAUAUCAUUAAUGGGAAGCACCUGAACCUAUGGGUGUAUGGGCUAAAUAAGCUUAAAGAAAUAGGACUUGUGGGAGUAUUUGCAGGGUAUGGGUUUUCACUAAUAAAGGAGAGUUUUGGAUUUGCUUUCUACUUUUGCACGUUUGAAGUCGUCAAGAAUCAAUGCUAUGGUGCAACCAUAUCCGUUGUUAAAGGGUUGCGGAAAGUGAAAAGAUUCUUUCAGAGGCUUUUCGCCAAUAUAGGGAGUUACGAGAUAGACGAGGAGUUGACGAGGUUCGAAGAAAAACGGCUGGCCAAGAUCUUGCGGUCCUCAUUCGUGCUUCUCGCUGGUGCUUCGGCCGCCUGGAUGUUAUUGGCUGUUCAAUAUCCCAUCUCAAAAAUUCAGAACUUGCACUUAUCAAGGCUCGAAGCACUAGACAUCUUCAAUUCUUCACGCAAAACAUCACAUAGAAGACCCUUUUUCAAAGUGUACUAUAACUCGUACAUUGACACAUACCACCAGGUGCUUCGGAUGAAGAGGAAAACAAGACAAACCUGGUUCAAUAUGGCUUAUAAAGGGUUUGCCAGAAAUGCUUUGACCACUAUACCUGCCACCUCUAUUGGGUUAUUGGUUUUUGAAAUCAUGAGAACCCGAUUGCUGGAUAGAGACUACUAG